AUGGCAAAUCCUGCUUCUUCAGCCCAAAUCCCAGAGGUAGUGCUUGGCUCCUCCACUGGCCCCAAGAGCAUGCCUGUGAUUGCCUUUGGCACAGCAGCUAAUAACUUACAGCCUAUUCAGUUGAAAACAGCAGUUCUUGAGGCCAUCAAGCUUGGUUACAGGCACUUUGAUACAGCUGCCGUUUAUGGCUCAGAGCAGCCUCUGGGUGAAGCUAUCAAAGAAGCACUUAAGCUUGGCCUUGUUGCUUCCAGAGACCAACUCUUCAUCACUUCAAAGCUAUGGAGCAAUGAUGCUCACCCACAUCUUGUCAUUCCUUCCCUCAAGAAAUCACUUGAGAAUCUUCAAUUGGAGUACCUUGACCUGUAUCUCAUCCACUGGCCCAUCAGUGCCAAGCCAGGAAAAUUUGUGUUCCCACUAGUUGACGUUGUGCCAAUGGACUUCAAGGGUGUGUGGGCAGCCAUGGAAGAAUCUCAGAAACUUGGCCUCACCAAAUCAAUUGGAGUCAGCAAUUUCACUUGCAAAAAGAUUGAAACUUUACUCUCUCAUGCUACCAUUCCUCCCUCAGUCAAUCAAGUGGAGAUGAGCCCAUUCUGGCAACAGAAGAAGCUAAGAGACUUCUGCAAGGCCAAUGGUAUAGUUGUGACUGCCUUCUCUCCUUUGGGUGCCAAGGGAACCAGCUGGGGAUCCAAUCAUGUUAUGGACAGCAAAGUGCUUCAGGAUAUAGCAGAGGCUCGGGGAAAAACAGUUGCUCAGGUUUGUAUUAGAUGGGUGUACCAGGCAGGGGCAACUCUUGCUGUUAAGAGCUACAACAAGGAGAG